AUGCGAGCAAGCCCCCAGAGACGCACAUCAUUCUUGGACGCCCCAACGUCGCCGAGAAACAGGGAUGCGGUCACCCUGGUGUCCUUACAGAAGAAGUCCGUGACACAGAUCCUCUCUGCCACCGGGGAUGAGCUUGCUGCUGAAGUUGAAGUCGCGAGUCCGCUCCUGGACACAGGUUCUGUGCUCCUCCAGCAGAUGCCCAUGUGCAUCCUUGUGUUGAUCGUAUGUUUAGUGGCGCUUCAACUCGGAGGAUUCGUGACGCUCAGCAUUUUGGGAAUACCGCCGCGCACUGGCGCUGUUUUCAUGCACCUAGCAAGCUUCCUGGCAAGUGUGACUGGAGUUCGAUGUGCAUAUCUGCUCAAGAAGGCUCUGAGUUCCCAGACGCUGCUUGCUGCCCUUUGCAAGCUCGACCAGUUCGUGUUCGACCUGAAGCUGGAAUGGUCGACUGCGUCUCGAAAGGAGUUCAGAGUUUGCGUUGCGGCCUGGAUUCUGGUGACCGCGCUGUAUUCGGGUCUGCAGGGACGCGAGGUGUGGAAGACAGGACUGGAGGAGCUCCCAUGGCCCAAGUACGUUGCCUCGAUAUCUCUGGCAGCAGUGGAGGCGGUUGUCUUCAUGAUGUCCAGCGCGCUCGUCAUCACCACAUCCUUCAUCCACUCCAAUCUUCUGCUGGGCUUGGACAGAGCCUUGGAUUGCUAUUGCUUCUGUGUCAUGGCCGAUAUGGACUUCGAAGUGGCCGUCAGCGCAUGGAACAGUCUGCAGGCCUUACUUCAGUGCAUCGGCCGCGAGUUCUCAGACAGCUUCUUCACAUCGCAGGCUUCUGGCGGGCUCGGUUUUGCCGUGGUGCUUGCAAGUGGGAUGAUGUUGGCCUACCAAACCGCGUUCGAUGGCAGCUUGCUCGCCCAGGAGCUCGCGAUGGCAUUGCCGGUGUUGUUCUUUCUGGCCCUGAACCUUCGGGUAUUCUACCACGCGAGCUCCCUCACAGAAAAGUGCGCGCACAUUCCUGCAUUCGUGAACCAGAUCCCAACGGGCAGUAGCAUUGACCUGGAUCGCCAGUAUCUUGUGCGAUUCAUUUCCGACAGCUCUCCGGGGUUUGUGGUGAAAGAUCUUCGGAUCUCUCGAUCGAUGUUCGUGAAGCUUUGCAUCUUCACCGGUGGUGUCCUUUCAGCGCUCCUGGGAGUUCUGUCACGAGCCUACUAG